UUGGUGGGUUGGAGACUUGCGUGCUUGUAUGUGGAUCUGGAUAGAUUUCCGUGGCUGCCUUCUAAACUAGCUUUUAGCUAGCUGUGAUUCCGACUAGUGGCGUACAACAGAGUUGGUAAUAGCAAAGUGUUGUAUGGUGCAACGGAGAGAAGAGGCUUUUCGCUUUUAUAGAAAGGUCCUUGUGUUGCUGACAGAAUGGAGAAGCAGUUGCAUUUGAAUUUGUUAGCCUCCAGACCCCCGAUGGCAGGAGGUUUGCAGUCGGGGUCUAAAAUGAGAAUGGGACCUGGAAGAAAGAGAGACUUCUCUCCCUGCCCGGAGUCAGUAUUUGAAACGAUGGAAGACGUGGAAGUGGAAAAUGACAACGGCAAAGACACAUUCAGAAUCUACAGCAGUGGAUCUCACGGCCCUGUGCUGCUUCUGCUUCACGGAGGAGGCCACUCUGCCCUCUCCUGGGCCGUGUUCACUGGAGUGAUAUGUAGCAGGAUUAACUGCAGGGUUGUAGCUAUAGACCUCAGGGCACAUGGAGACACAAAAGUGAAAAACUCAGAAGACCUAUCUGCUGAAACUAUGGCCAAGGAUGUUGGGAAAGUUGUGGAAGCGCUCUAUGGUGAAAACCCACCCCCAAUCCUGAUGAUUGGACACAGCAUGGGUGGAGCAAUAGCAGUUCACACUGCUGCAGCUAAUCAUGUUCCAUCAUUGCUUGGGCUUUGUGUGAUUGAUGUGGUGGAAGGUACAGCAAUGGAUGCCUUGAACAGUAUGCAGAACUUUUUAAGGAGUCGACCAAAAACUUUCAAAUCGGUGGAGAAUGCUAUUGAAUGGAGUGUGAAAAGUGGGCAGAUCAGGAAUAUUGAGUCUGCACGUGUGUCUAUGACUGGACAGGUGAAAAAAUGUGAGGAGCCAUUGAAUAGUCCUGGCAUUUCUAAAAGCAUUAGUGAAGGGAUCAUUGAGGAAGAGGAGGAAGAUGAGGAAGGAGGCGAAUCCAACCAUAAAAGGAAAAAAGAAGAUGAUCAAGAGGUAAAGAAAGAGAGUCUGUACACUUGGCGCAUUGAGCUGUCUAAGACAGAGAAGUACUGGGAGGGCUGGUUCAGAGGCCUCUCUUCUCUCUUCCUCAGCUGCCCUGUGCCAAAGCUGCUGCUGCUGGCUGGUAUUGAUAGAUUGGAUAAAGACCUUACUAUAGGACAGAUGCAGGGAAAGUUCCAGAUGCAGGUUCUUCCACAGUGUGGCCAUGCUGUUCAUGAGGAUGCACCUGAAAAAGUAGCUGAUGCUUUAGCCACCUUCAUGGUCCGACAUAAGUUCACUGAAUUUAAGGAAGGCUUCCCCUGACACAGCCUCUGAUGGCGUCAUACAGCAGCUUGGUGCAGCAAGACUCAUGGAAACCAUUCUCUUCAUCUGUCUCACUCCAUACUGGGGAUUGCUACACUACCAUGAACAUGCUAGUGUCUCCACUGCAAGCUCUUCAUAGCACUUCAUUCUUUAUUAAUCCUUUUUUGUAUGAAUUUAGGUAUGAUUGUUGGUGUCCUUAUGAUCAUCAUAACUAUUUUAGCAGGACAAAUAGAUCUGAUGCCACCCAUGAACUUGCCUCUGAGAUUUCUGAAACCACCAGGUAUUUUAUUUAUUUGCCCCCCCCCCCCCUUUCCCUUUCAGAAUUGUUUCCCCAUCUUCUCUAAUGCCUUGCUUGUUUGUUGAAUUUAAGGGUGACUGCAUCAUGUUGUAUUCAAUGUGUUGCUCAUUGUUGAUUUUUCAAGAUGGAAAAUUAAAGAACAGAUGUUUGAAGAA